UUAGUAAUUAAAAGUAUUUAUUACCAAUCGGGGGGUUAGUAUUAUUAAUUAUAAAAAAAAUGUCAUCAGCGAAACGAGCUAGUGGAUUAAGUUUUACAUCACGUACGACCUUUGGCAUUGAAGAAGAACCUCGUUACGAUGAAAUGACUGAUGAAGAAUUAAAAUCAUGUCUAGAGUUGUCGAUACGUACUAAUAGAAUUUUAAAUUUAGAAAAUGAUGUCUUUGAACGUUACUUAGCUCGUCACGAUCCUCAAUCAGUACAGACAAUGUCACAAGUAUUAGAGGCAGCUAAAUUAAUAUCAUCGCAAAUGGUACAAUCAUCACCACGUCUACUUAGUGGAGAAAGUACCGCAGGAAUAAGCUUAGCAACCAAAGCAAGUACACCAAUAUCACCAACAAGUAGCAGCAGUAUAAGAACUUUUAGUGGAAGUCGCGGUUUUGCGUCAAUACUUACCACUAAUCCAUCACCGAAAGGACUGCGUAUCACACUGUCUCAUCGUAUCGAAAUGGCAAACAAAGAGAUAGAGGAAAUGAAAAACCAGUUGGCGGUAUGUGAAAAAAAAAUAUCGAUAAAAAAAUCAAAUUUUACAGCAGAGCUCGAAGAAAUUGAAUUGCGGAUACGGGAUAUUGAUGAAGCGAGAAAAGAACUGGAGGUUCAAGUCGUGAAAAAAGGCGCUGAUAAAAAUGGCAAAAUAUCUGGUGACAAAUUUCUACGUUACAUGGAGACAUGGACCAAGACUGUGGACCGCGUUAUUGAUAAGUUGAGACUAAAAAGUUUGACCAUUAAAAGUCAGAUUAAAAAAGCUAGAUUGCAAUUAAGACAGCGAGAAGAACUUGGAGAGACACUUCAUCUUAUUGAUUUUCAAGCGCUUGCUAUUGAGAAUGAAGAGUACUUGAAAAAGAUUGAUGAGAAAAACAAACAGCUGGGACAGUUGAAGAAAAUAACCGGCCGUUAUAAUAUUGAACUGAGUAAUUGUAAAGAUCGUUUGACUGAACAGCAAACAACAUUGAAAAAUACUCUGAGAGAAAUAGAUGUUAAGAAAAAUCAAAUUGAAAAAUUGAAAAAAGAUUUGGAAUUAUCGCAGUCACAUAUUCAGCAAAUGGACCAGCAGAUUAUUGAAGUGACUGAAGCACUUGAAGGCUACAAGAUGCCAGAUGUUAUUGAUUUUAUUCGCGUACAAAUGGAGCUUGAGGAGAUGAAGAAAACUUACAAACGUAUAGAGAGACACAAACAUAUACAGAAAUCAACAUUACGGGCUUUUAAAAGACGACAAUCACGCUUGCAAUCUAUUAAAAUAAACACUGAAUCAAUUAAUUAGUUAAUUAAUAUAAUUAAAUAGGUGCCUUAAAUUUAUAUAAACACUUUAUACACUUGUUGAUAAAUUUAUAGCAAU